AUGCUUGCUGCCACAAUGCCUCACUCAGAGCAAGAAGGGCCUUUGGUCAAGCGACAGAAACUCAAUGUCGCUUCCAAGCCCUCAUCGGCCUUGCGCCAGUCGUCCCGCAUCUUUGCGCCUUUCCGGACGGUCGGCCUAGUAUCGCCGACGAAUACGCCCUUCACUUCGAUUCCCAUGGGAAAGACGACGUUUCAGAUCACCACUUCCGUCGGUCGAGCCCUGCAGACUUACGACCUGAAGAGGGGUCUGAACCUGGUCUUCGUUACUCGCCCGCAAACCCCAGCCGACAUAACCGCAACGCUCGCCUGGAAAGACAAGGUUUUCGCAGCCUGGGGUGAUGGAGGAAAGGGAGAGAAGCAGGGUCUUUGGGCCUACAAGCGUGGAAAGAAGGUCGACGAGCUCGAGCUCCCCGCUGACCUCGACGAGCCUAUUCAGCAGAUCUUAAUUUUUGGUUCAUGGAUCGUCGGGUGCGCCGUAACAAGGCUCGAGAUCUGGAAAUCAGCUACCUUUGAGCAUUACACCACCCUCCACACUAUGGCCGGCAAGAAGGGCGAUAAUGAGAUCACCGGCGGCGUCACUAACAUGCCUACCUAUCUCAACAAGAUCUUCGUUGGUCGUAAGGAUGGUUGGGUCGAAAUCUGGAAUGUCAGCACCGGAAAGCUGAUUUACACCGUUCUUCCCCCGACUCCCGAUUGCGGCUCCGUCACUUGCCUGCAACCUUCUCCGGCACUGUCCCUGCUCGCAAUUGCCUACGCUAAUGGCACCCUUGUCAUUCAGAACAUCUUGACCGACAAGCCCGUUAUUCAAGUAAAGGCCGGUCACGACGAUGAGCCAGUCACCUCCAUCUCCUUCAGAACCGACGGUAUGGGAGCGGGCCACGAUGGUAGGAAAGAUGGCGUCAUGGCUACUGCCACGACUGCAACUGGAGACGUUACUUUCUGGGACCUCAACAACGGUGGCCGUGUCAUGGGUGUUCUGCGUAGCGCUCACAACCCUCCCUCAACCGGUGGCCCAUUGGUCCGCGGAGGUGUCAGCAAGGUCGAGUUCCUGCCAGGACAACCCGUCGUUGUCACGAGUGGACGCGACAACGCUUUGAAGACUUGGAUCUUUGACGAGACUCCAUUCUCAGCCAUUCCCCGUAUUCUGCAUGAGCGCAGUGGACACGCCGCUCCUGUCAAGUGCUUGCAGUUCUUGCCCUCCGACUUUGACGGAGCCGAUGCCGGCAACAAGUGGCUUCUUAGCGGUGGUCAGGACCGCAGCCUUUGGGGCUGGAGUAUGCGACGGGAUGGCCAGAGCACCGAGCUCAGCCAGGGCAACAUUAGGAAGAAGGCGAAAAAGAGCGGUAUCCUGUCUGCCAAGGCUCUCGCACGAGGACCUACGACCACUCUGGAGGACCUCAAGGCUCCUGAGAUUACGGCCAUUGCCAGCUCCCUCAACCGUGAUGGUGGCAUGGGUGCCUUGCCCGGCAACCAGCCAAUCUGGCAGAAGCGCAGGGACACCAAGAAGCAGCAGGAUGCCGAGAUCAGCGGAAUGACCGGUUGGGAAAGUGUUGUGACGGCACACAAAGACGACGCUUACGCCCGUACGUGGUUCUGGGGUCGCAAGAGGGCUGGUCGCUGGGCUUUCCCGACAGGUGAUGGUUCCAACGUUUCCACCAUUGCCAUGAGCCCUUGCGGUACCUUUGCACUGGUUGGUUCGGUCGAGGGAGGCCUCGACAUGUACAACCUGCAAUCCGGCCUUCACCGCCAACGAUUCCCUUCCAAGCUCACCCCUGCGCAGGCCAGGCAGCUGAAGCUGCAGCAGUUGAAGCAGGCAGACAAUGUCAUUCAACUCCAGGCCGAGGCAGACACCGGCUUUGCCGCUGGCACGGGCAGGCAUACCAAGGCGGUGACGGGUAUCGUUGUCGACUCGAUGAACAAGAACGUCAUCUCAUGCUCGCUGGACGGCAAGAUCAAGUUCUGGGACUUCUUGACCGGCAAGCUGGUGCACCAGAUCAACUGGGCGCCCAUGGCCGCCAUCACCGGCUGCAGAUACCACGCAGCGAACGAUCUCAUGGUCUUCGCUUGCGACGACAACUCGAUCCGCGUCGUCGACCUCGAGACCAAGCGCACCAUCAGAGAAUUCUGGGGCUGCCAGGGCGCCAUCAACGACUUCUGCUUCUCCAACGACGGCCGCUGGAUCAUCGCUGCCUCCCAGGACUGUGUCGUGAGGAUAUGGGACCUGCCCACCAGCCAUCUCAUCGACGCCAUCCGCCUUGAGAAGCCCUGCACCGCGCUCGCCAUGUCCUCCACUGGCGAGUACCUCGCCGCCACGGUCGAGAACGAGCUCGGCGUCGCCAUCUGGACCAACAAGUCCCUCUUCACCCACGUGCCCACGCGCCAGGUGUCGGACAAGGAGGCAGCACUGCUCACCGGCCCCACGACGUCCGGCGAGGGCGGCGAGGGUCUUCUGGAGGCGGCGUUCAACGAGGAAGACGCCGACGCCGAGGACGAGACCGUUGUCGCGCCGACCAUCGACCAGCUCAGCGCGGAGCUCACAACGCUCAGUUUGGUUCCCAAGAGCCGCUGGCAGACGCUGCUCCACCUGGACCUCAUCAAGCAGCGCAACAAGCCGACAGAUGCGCCCAAGGCGCCGGAGAAGGCGCCAUUCUUCCUCCCGUCUGUUGGCGCGGGCAAGCAACCAUCGAACCUGAUCGAGGCCGCCACCACCGAAGGCGAUGCCGCGGCGACAGAGUCCAAAUCCCGCAUCACAAAGCUCGAGCGCGGCCGCAUGCAAGAGGUUUUCACGAGCAAGCUUGCCGACGGCGCCGCUUCAGGCGACUUCGAUGACUUCAUCACCCAUCUCAAGUCCCUCUCCCCUUCAACCGCAGACCUCGAGCUUCGCUCUCUCAGCCCCGAAGACGGCGGUCUGCUGAACUUCAUCCGCGCGCUCACCAGCCGCCUGACCGCUCGCCGCGACUACGAGCUGGUCCAGGCCUGGAUGACGGUCUUCUUGAGGCUCCACUUCGACCUCGUCAUGGCCGAUCAGGAGCUGUUGGAGGCUCUCGGCGAGUGGAAGGCCCGACAGGAGCGCGAGGCUGGACGAUUAGACGAUCUCGUCGGUUACUGCAGCGGUGUUGUUUCCUUCCUCCGAAGUCCCCGGACGUAA